CCUACGCUCAGUGAAGAAAGUGUGCGCCUGCAAAACUGCAGAGGUCCCCACUCCUCUACACACACCUCCAGCACGCCGGCUGUGCGUGUGUGUGAGAGAGCGUGAGUGUGCGAGUGUGUUCUUUAACGGGUGAAGCAGGCUGGAGGCUGGAUCUCGCAUCCCUGGCGAAGUGGAGGGGAAGUUUAACGCUGUGUUCUGGACGGGUCAGUGAAUGAUGGAGCCAUGCUGGACACACACAGCGCUCAGCGCCCCAAGUCUGCGGGACUGAGACUCAGUUUUCAAUGAGUCGAGCUGCUGCUGAGGCGCCGCGAGUCGAGUUCGAUGGGAUCGCCGCUCCACACAGCGCGCGCGAUGUCUGCCACCUUCGCCUCUCUGCUGCUAGCAGUGUUGGGUGUGCUACAUGUGAGUGGGCAGACGGAGAUGAAGCGAGUGGUGGGUGACAACGCCACGCUGCCCUGCCACCAUCAGCUAUGGCAGGGCGACACCUCACUGCUGGACAUCGAGUGGCUUCUGGUCAAGCCCAACGCCAAGCAGAAAGUGGUGAUCACGUACUUUGCGGGCCGCACCUACGACCCCAACGAGGGCGACUCGGGCCGGCUGUCGCUGGCGGGCGACUAUCUCAAAGGGGACGCCUCACUGAUGAUCAGCGACCUCUCGCUCAGCGACUCAGGAGAAUACAGCUGCAAGGUCAAGAAUGGGGGAAAGUACCACUGGAACACGGUCAACCUCAUCGUGCUCGUAAAACCGUCGAAGCCUCGCUGUUGGAUGGAGGGCCGGCUGUUGGAAGGCAGUGAUGUGAAGAUGAGCUGUAAAUCUGCAGACGGUUCUGAUCCCAUUCACUACAAAUGGGAGAGGGUGCUGGACAAGGGCAAAUACGUGGGGAAACUGCCCCCUCUCGCUCUCCUGGAUCUGAAGAAUCCGGAAAUUGUGACGCUGAGGAACCUCACCAGAGAAAGUGCCGGAGUCUACAAAUGCACAGCAAGCAACGACGUGGGGGAGGAGAGCUGCACCGUGGAGGUCAAAAUCCACUAUGUGCGGGGGAUGGGUGUGGUGGCCGGUGCUGUGGUGGGCGUGUCCUUUGGAGUCCUGCUCAUCAUCCUCAUAGUGUGGCUGGUCUUCCGCAAGAAGGAGAAGAAGAAGUACGAAGAGGAGGAGACGCCCAACGAAAUCCGGGAGGACGCAGAGGCUCCUAAAGCAAAGCUGGUGAAGCCCAACUCUCUCUCCUCAUCUCGCUCGGGCAGCUCCCGCUCCGGAGCCUCCUCUACUCAGUCUAUGGUGCACAGCAGCGUCCCCCGGGGGCCCAAGCCUCGUCCCCCGCCCCCCAUCUCAGCCACCCUGAAGGAGAACGGGCAGCCGGCCACUUUCCCCCAAGCCCCUCCUGCUUACACCCAGGUAAAUCCCCCCAAACCCAACCCGACCCAAAACAGCCCCAAACCGAGCCCAUCCAAACUCAGCCCAGCCAACCUGGCCAGAAUGGGGGCCACCCCGGUGAUGAUCCCGGCCCAAACCAAGGCCUUCCAGACUGUCUAG